AUGAGUUUUCUUGCAAAGAUGAUGAUCGUCCUCAUUUUAUUUGAAAUGUUUUUCAAUAUUGCCAUUUCACAAAAUGAAAGUAUUGAUCUAAAUUAUGAAGUAUCUUGGGGCAGAGAUCAUAUCUCGUAUCUCAAAGAUGGACAAGAAGUUCAGUUGUCCUUGGAUCGAUCUUCAGGGUGUGGAUUUAGAUCAAAAGCAUACUAUGGGUCUGGCUUCUUUCGAAUGAUGAUUAAAGUACCUCCUAAGGAUUCUGCAGGCGUUGUCACAACUUUUUAUCUGCAUAGAGAUAUAGGUGGCGUUCAUGAUGAGUUAGACUUCGAGUUCUUGGGAAACAGCUCAGGCAAACACAUUACGUUGCAAACAAAUGUGAUCAUAAAUGGGGUUGGCGGUAGAGAACAACGAAUGUUUCUUUGGUUUGAUCCCACAACAGAUUUUCAUGAAUACAGAAUCCUAUGGAACCAACACCAAAUUGUGUUUUUUGUCGAUGACACACCAGUAAGAGUAUUCAAGAACGGCAACUACACAAGUGUAAUCGGGUACCCAAGUCAGGCAAUGCAAGUGCUCAUAAGCAUAUGGAACGCGACUUGGGCUAGUAAUACACCGAUCAAUUGGUCACAUGCACCAUUUCAGGCCCAUUUUCAAUAUUUUCAUAUUGAUGGGUGCCCUUCAGAUCAAUAUAUCCCAAGCCAAGACUGUUAUUCCACAAAAUAUCGGUGGAAUAUAGAAAAGUACUGGCAAAUAAACCGUCAGUCAAAAGAAAAAAUAUGA